AUGGCAAGCCCAAGUUCCUCCCAGUCAAGCCAACGACGACAGCGACCUCCCCCACGGAAGAAGGCCUGUCAAAGUUGCACCAAAUCCAAAGUUCGUUGCAGUCUCGAAAGACCUACAUGCUCUCGAUGCAAGUCUCUCGGUCGCGUAUGCGAAUACUACACUGCCCCUGAAUCCUCACACACUAGUCCUCGGACCGAAGACUUGGAGAAUCCGGGCUUGAGGGGUCUCGCUGAACUCCAGCCCUCUACAUCGUUUGCUAUGCCCGUAGCUUUACCAUCCUAUCUUGACAGCAGCCCCGGACGCGUUACGCCGAUUCGAGAACGCAGGCAUCGACAGGUGGGGUCAGCGAGAGAUGAGCAACCGCAUGUUGACUUUACCAAGAUCGACCUAGUCCCUGCUUCAGGGGUAGAGAGUAUUCGAGAUCGCUGGCUUCGGCCAUAUAUUCUCCCACCACUGGGGCGAGACGAGGUUCUGAAGGUUUAUCAUCCGUUUACACUGCAGUACAUUUCGAGAGUUCUGGCCACCUAUCCCCGGUUCAUGCUGAAGGACCGCAAAGCACCUCCUAUCAUUCAUCACUCACAAGUCUCCGGUGAGAGCCUGCCACAGGCCUUAGCCAAUUGCUACAGUCUCGUUCGAAUGUGGGAGAACGCUGUUUCAGGAAGUGAAGCCAUGGUCAUCAACAUGAUCGAAAUGGAGAUGGAGAGGUUGUCCAACGAGCUUCCAAGCCAACACGACUACAACCUUCUAUCCACUUUUCAAGCCUACCUCAUCUACUCCGUCAUGUUAUACUUCUCUCCGCGACUCGCUGCCCCAGCUGCUGUCACCGACAAAGUCAUGAUCACACUCAUGGAACUGGCCUUUCGCACGGCUCGUAACGGCUUCUUCUGUGUGGCCGAGGUAUCCCACUCGCGACCUAGUUGGGAGUCGUGGAUUGUGGUGGCCUCAAAACGCCGCGCCAUCUUCGCCAUGUACCUCUUCUGCAGCGUUUACAACUCCGACCGACUCUUGCCAAACUUCAUAGCCGAUGAAGUAAGGGGUGUUUUUGCUCCAGAAGGAAGAUCGUUGUGGGAGGCGCCUGACCGGGAGACGUGGGAACGGGAGUAUGACCGUCAUUUGUUGACGUGGGAGGAUGGGAUGCUGGAAAUCUCAGAGCUGUGGCGAUCCGCGGAUACGGGAACAGUCGAGCAGAGAGAAAGGAUCGAGAGGUGGCUGCAGACUGUGGAUGAGUUUGGGAUGUUACUGUUCGGAGUCACGACGCACAUUCAUGGGUGUUGA